ACAUCCCGAAGGCAUCCAAUCAGGGAUCGGGGGCGUGGCCGAAGCCUGAGACUUGCCCGGGCAUGUGAAAGCCAGGCGAGCCGCCAUCGCUUCCGGGAAAGCCACGUGGGAGCCGGCGUGCCCAGGAUCCCCACUAAACCCUGAAUACACAUCAGUGGAGGUAAGCCCAAGGAAAGUGGACCAGGUAAACAGCUUGAGGAUGGAUGGGCAGGUAUCCAGGUGUUAUUGCUCCAGCUGGAGCCCAAUCCAUAAAGCUCACAGGUGUGCGGCAAGUCCUGGCCAGAAGAAAAAGAAAAGCCGGAAGCACCAGCGUUUUUCAACACGAAGAGACCUAGAGCAGUGGAGACACCUGAGAGCCAGGUCGAGGGAGAAGACCCUGUUGGUGUCAUCGAGUGCCUACACAAGCGGUGCAUCGCAAGGCACCUUACUCUGGGAAGCGGGCCAGAACGGCCCGUUGUCGCGCGAGGAUAUAGCAAAGGUGGACUCGGUCACACCUCCUCCUCCGGUUGACUCUCCUCCUUCGUCCGGCUCGGCCAAGCAGCCUUCGCCAUCUCGAGAUCUUAAGGUCCCCAGCCCUUCUGCAAAGGACGUGGGCUCUUCAUCCUGCCCGAAGCUCAAGAAACCUAAGAAGUGUGUGGCUAUUGAUUGUGAAAUGGUAGGCACCGGGCCUGGUGGGAAAACGAGCGAGUUGGCCCGGUGUACGGUGGUCAGCUAUGACGGAGACGUCAUCUACGACAAAUACAUCCACCCAGAGCUUCCGGUGGUCGAUUAUAGGACUCCGUGGAGCGGAAUUACCCACAGGCACAUGGAAAACGCCACUCCUUUCAAAGUGGCCCAGGGAGAGAUCCUGCAGAUCUUGAGGGACAAAAUCGUGGUGGGGCAUGCCCUUCACAAUGACUUCCGGGCUUUAAAAUACUUCCAUCCUGGGGCCUGGGUGCGGGACACGAGCCGGUGCCCUCUGCUGCUCAGGAAGAUGGGCCCGUCUGCAAAGAACGGCGUGUCGCUUAAGAACUUGGCUAGCCAGCUGCUUUCUAAAACAAUACAGGUAAGCAAAAAAGGACAUUCGUCCGUAGAAGAUGCCCAGACGUCAAUGGAGCUCUAUCGGUUGGUGGACAUUGAGUGGGAGCAGGGACUGGCUUCCAGCUUCUCCUCCAACCUUCCAGACAGCGGCACAGACAGCGAUUGCUAUAUGGACGACCAGUAUUGGCCGGAGGACCUUGAUGUAGACUGCAAGUGAAGGCCCAAAUCCGCCUUGAUGGUGCUUUUGUGAACCAUCUGCUGAUGUUCACAUGUUUCGUGUGGCUGCUUUAAUUUAUUGUUUGCCUAUUUGCACAACCCAAAGAGAGCACAAGUCUGAUUGAUAUCGAGUACCUCUGUCUGCUUCAUUUGACUACAAAACUCCUCCAUAGGACGCCACUUUAGAAAUGGGGAAAACAAGGAAACAAAAACCAGAAGAGGCCAUUACUGAUCACUUAGGUUGACUCUUGGAGAAGAGGUUGGACACUUGAAGUGGGUCUACUCCACACUCUUCCAUUAAAUGUGACACAAUCCAAUUUGA